AUGGACGGUCCGCCGCCACCGCCGCCGCCUCAUGGUGAAAAUCCCCAGACGACUGAAGGCGAAUAUCGCAAAUCCUCGGACCUGCCAGAUGGCAACUACGACAUCUUUAUCAUCCCACCUCACUCCGCUGGCUCGGGCUUCCUCUAUCUUCCGUCGCUGCAGUGCAACCGAAACAGUUUCCUAGCGGGCGUCGCAAGUACUCUCCUUACAUGCUUUGUGUGGUCGUACAUCUCCCCGGUUGUGAAGGCAUGGUAUAUAGCCACGGUCGCUAGCGGCAAUGGUACGGGUAUGGCAGUACUUGCGAUCGGGGUGGGUGUCGCUGGAUGGCUUUUUGGCUCCACUCAGUCCGCCAGCUCAGGAGGCAAUAAAGGCAAUAGCGGCCCUCGAGGUGGGCGGUUCGGAUUUGGUGGCUUUGGUGGUGGUUCUGGGGGGCCAGGCGGUCCUGGAGGCCCGGGUGGCCCUAGGAAUGCCGGUCCAAACACCAACCAGCAAUCGUCUGGUGCCAAUUAUGGUGGCAACGGGGCGGGUCAACAAAGACAACAGGGAGGAAACUUUGGUGGAGGACAAACCCACGGCAACCAAUAUUCCGGUAAUCAACAUGGCUCUGGUCCUCCUCCAAAUUCUGAUAAUAACAAACGUGAAAAGGAGGAGGCUGAAAAGCGCGCCAAAGAAGAGCAAGCUAAGGAGCAACGAGCUCAGGAGGAACGAGCCAAGGAGCAACGAGCUAGGGAAGAGCGUGCCAGGGAAGAGCGGGCUAAGGAGGAACGAGCCAAGGAGCAGCGUGCUAGGGAAGAGCGUGCUCGGGAGGAACGUGCUAGAGAGGAGCGCGUUAGAGAAGAACGAGCUAAGCAAGAACGAGCCAAGCAAGAACGAGCCAAGCAAGAACGAGCCAGGGAGGAACGAGCCAGGGAGGAACGAGCCAGGGAGGAACGCGCUAAGGAGGAGCGUGCUAAAGAAGAGCGCAUCAAAGAGGAGCGUGCCAGAGAGGAACGCAUCAAGGAGGAGCGUGCCAGAGAAGAACGCAUCAAGGAGGAGCGGGCUAGAGAGGAGCGGGCUAGAGAACGGGCUAAGGAAGAAGCUGAACGGGAGCGAGCAAGAGAAGAAACGAGACGCAAAGAGGAGCUACGCCGAAAGAUGGAGGAGUUCAAGCGCAAGCGUGACGCAGAUAACAAAGAAAAAGAGAAAAAACGCGAGCGCGAAGCAAUGGAGAAAGAAUUACAGGAACGGCGCGAGCAGCUCGAAAAGGAGAUGGCUGCUGCAAGGGCCGCUGCAGAGAAGGAGGCACGCGAGCGACUGGAGAAGGAAGCCGCAGAGGCCCGCGAGAGACAGGCAAAAGCCGAAGCUGAGGCGAAGGCCAAACUCGAAAAGUUGGAAGCCGAAGCCAAAGAGAAGGCCGCCAAAGAAGCUGCUGAGAAGGAAGCUGCCGCGAAGGCCGCCGCUCAGAAAGAAGCCAUGGCUAAAUUUGCGGCGCUCAAGGAAGCAGCAAGCAAGAAAUACGCCGAGAAGAAGGCGCAAGACGCAAAGAACGAAGCCGCUGCCAAAUCACCACCGCCGAAGCCAGCUAGUACUAGCAAUGUGCCUCGCACACCUUCUCCCAAGAAACCAGCACCCCACUCAACCGCAAAAACUGCCAACGACGACGAUGCGUACUCAUUUCGCCCCUACGACCGGCCACGGCGGCCAUAUGCGGCCGGUACAUCCGUAUCCUCCGAGUCUUCAUAUGCACAUUCUCACUCGACUGCGCGCACAACACCUCCUCCCUCACAUCGCAGUACAUAUUCCACCAAAGAUCCAGAUAAGAUCGUGAUCCAAGGUGUAUACGCCUUCAACAAUGCCUUUAUGAAGACCCCAGUGGCGCAACUUGUUUCAGGCCAAGGCAUGAUCACCGAUGGGCUGGUACUGCGCAUCACAACUGAAGGCCUCUUCAUCGACGAUGAUUUACGCGGCAUCGGCCAGCGUGAGUGGGAUGUCAAGGCAUGGACCCUCAAGCUGGCGGAGGUGUGGUGUCCACAGGUAAACGCCACUACAUCCGCCAAAGCUGCGUCCAGCAACCCUUUCUCUUUCCGUCGCGGAAACAACGUUCCCACCAACGAAGAAUCAGAGGCCUUUCUCGGUAACUUGCUUAAAGUAUGCAAGAAUACUUGCCGCCUAGCUUCGCCCAAUGCGCGUUUCGCGCGCAGCACUACCGCCAGCCACGACGGUGGCCCCGUUCACCCGCCCCAGGGGGAGUCCCGUGGUUUGCACGUUCUCCGCGCCAGUGUUCGUGACCAAGAAGGCAAGAAGUAUGUCUUUGUAAUACAGGAUACUGAGGCCUGGAAGGUCGCUAUCGGUCUCCAGCGGCUUCGGGCUGGUGCUCUGGUCCGCGCGCUGGGUGUCUGCGGUCUGCCGGUCCCUGAAUGCAAAACUAUGCUCACUGCUCUCGGUUAUGUUUGA